ACAGGGGCGUGCCAUUUACCUUAUACUAGUGCAGUCUUAAGCGCCAGGCGAGCCUUUGUCUGAACGUACUCAGCUUGUCUUCUUUUCUUGCUUGCAGCGGAGCCUGGCAUCCAGCUGCCAACUUUGUCCCUGUAUCUGUCUCCUCGCCUCUGUCCUCGGGGUAUGUAACGGCCAUGCCGGUGGACACACUCAGCCCUGGAGCCCCCACCGCUCCUGCCCUGCCUUUUCGCCUGCGAACCAAAGUCCCCGGCUACCUGCUACCAAGGCCAGCGAACGUGGGAGCCCGGAAGCCAAGUGCUGUAGAACGCCUGGAAGCCGAUAAAGCCAAAUAUGUCAAGAGCCUGCAUGUGGCCAACACCCGCCAGGAGCCUGUGCAGCCCCCGCUGGCCAGACAGCCCCUCUUCAGCCCUGGUCCUCGAGGCCCAGUGCUCACACCCAGCCGCCGAGCCCUACCCUGUCCUGGCCGCCGACCCCACCUGGACCUGGACAUCCUUAGCAGCCUCAUCAACCUGUGUGAUAGUCCCGUGUCCCAAGCUGAGGCCAGCCGAACACCGGGACGGCCAGAAGGGUCUGCCCACAAGGUCCCACCAGCCACCCCUCCUCGUCCGCCCCCUAGCACGGUCGCGGUGCGCCGAGUGGACGUUCGUCCCCUGCCUGCUUCACCUGCUCGGCCCUGUCCAUCACCUGCCACCACUGCCACUUCCAGCCCCGGCCGGCCCCCUGGUCUGCAACGCUCCAAGUCGGACCUGAGCGAGCGCUUUUCCAGGGCAGCAGCCGAUCUUGAGCGCUUUUUUAAUUUCUGCGGUCUGGACCCAGAGGAAGCACGAGGAUUGGGGGUGGCGCACUUAGCACGGGCCAGCUCGGACAUCGUGUCUCUAGCUGGGCCGAGUGCUGGACCUUGCAGCUCUGAAGGGGGCUGCUCGCGCCGCAGCUCUGCAACCGUGGAGGAGCGGGCCCGGGAGCGUGUCCCCUAUGGGGUGUCUGUGAUCGAGCGCAAUGCCCGUGUGAUCAAAUGGCUGUAUGGGUUGCGGCAGGCACGUGACCCUCCUGCCACUGAGGGCUAGGCUUCCCGGACUCAGGCUUCCCGGAAGGACGUCAUGAAGAGGCAGUUGACAUCUUGCCCUUUCUUGUAUCCGUUGGCUACCUUCCUGCAGACCCAGACUUAGACCUAAACCAGCAUCCUCUGGCAAGCGAGGACUGACCUGCAGAGGGUUACUGUUACCCCUUGGCCUCUCCCACCCCCUAAUAAGGUUUGU